AUGGUUCGACUAGGAAAUUUGACUAAACUUCAAUGUUCUGGAGUACAUGCAUUGAUCACCGUCGAUUUUCAUGCGAGGGAUGUGAUAUCUACUAUGGUCAUUCGCAAAAUUAAUAGUGACGCGCACUUUGAAUGGUUGAAACAACUUCGUUACUAUUGGGAUAAUAUAGACGGUUGUGUCGCGUACUCUAUCAAUACUCGUUGGUCGUACGCGUUUGAAUAUCUUGGUUCCUCUCCUCGAUUAGUAAUAACACCUUUAACAGACCGAUGCUACUUAUGCUUGAUGGGUGCGCUUCAAUUAAGUCUAGGAUGUGCACUGUCUGGACCUACAGGUACCGGAAAGACUGAAACUGCCAAGGAUCUCGCGAAAGCGUUAGCUACACAAUGUAUCGUAUUCAAUUGUUCUGAUGGAUUAAAUUAUAAGACGAUUGGCAGAUAUUUUUCGGGCUUGGCUCAAUCGGGAGUGUGGUGUUGUUUCGACGAAUUCGACCGGGUAGGGAUUGAAGUGCUAUCGGUCAUUGCGCAACAGCUAAUUACUAUCACAAACGCGAAACUGACUAAUGCCAAUAAGUUCACAUUUGAAGGUCGAGAAAUUAGACUUAUUGGAACUUGUGCAGUAUUUAUAACAAUAAAUCCAGAAUAUGUGAGACGGAGCGAAUUACCGGAUAAUCUACAAGCGUUAUUUAGACCUGUGGCUAUGAUGAUACCAGACUAUAAUUUAAUUGCUGAGGUUAUAUUGUAUUCAGAAGGAUUUCAAUCAUCAAAAAUAUUGUCUCAUAAAAUAGUAAAAAUGUACCAAUUAUGUAACGAACAGCUUUCCAUUCAAAAACACUAUGAUUUUGGAAUGAGAGCUAUAAAAAGUGUUUUGAUAAUGGCAGGAUUGUUUAAACGAGAAAAUCCUAUCGUUGACGAAAAUUUAAUUUUAAUUAGAGCGCUGAAGAAUAGUAAUUUACCGAAAUUUUUAAAAGACGACGCCGAACUAUUCCAAGAUAUAUUAAACGAUCUAUUUCCUGGAGUUUUCUUACCAGAAAAUAAUUUUGAAAUAUUCUUAUCGACUGCCAAAAGUGUGAUGGAAAGUGAAGGAUAUCAAAUUAAAGAGAGUUUUUAUAUAAAAGUUAUACACUUAUUUCAGACAAUAGCUAUCCGACACGGUAUCAUAACUGUUGGUCAAACUGGAAGUGGAAAGACUACAAUUUUAAAAAUACUUAGUAAAACAUUAAUCGAGCUUUAUAAUAAGAAAAUAGAAAACCGAUAUUAUAAACCAGUGAAUAUAUACCGUUUGAAUCCUAAAGCGAUUUCUAUGAACGAACUUUAUGGUCAAUUGGACCUCUUAACAAUGGAAUGGAAAGACGGAUUACUUGGAAAAAUCAUUAGAAAAACAGUUCAAGUGGAAAAGGAAGAAUUUCAAUGGGUGGUAUGCGACGGCCCCUUAGAUGCAAUAUGGAUAGAAAAUCUUAAUUCCGUACUUGACGAUACCAAGACUUUGUGUCUAGCCAACUCUGAACGCAUAAAACUAAGCUCUUGGGUUAAAAUGUUUUUUGAAGUUGAUGACUUAUCGCAAGCCUCACCCGCCACAGUUAGCAGAUGUGGAGUUGUUUAUAUAAACACAUCAGACGUCGGGUGGUUACCAUAUGUACACUCGUGGAUAAAUAAAUUACAAAAUGACGUAAUUAAAAGUAGUACAGAAUUAAAAAAUUAUAUGAAGUUUCUAUUUAAAACUUAUGUCGACGAUGGUUUUUCAUUUAUAAACAAGUAUUGCUUGGCUCCCAUUAAACAGGUUGAAAUUAGUAAAGCGACUAUGAUGUGUACUAUUCUCGAAUCUCUAUUAACUGACCCAGUUAGUUUUGAUGCGUCAACAGAAAUUUCCAAAGUCCAAGCAUUUAUUUAUCAAUCAUUUAUAUUUUCGUAUUUGUGGUCUCUGGGAUCAAAUUUAGUCGAUUCUUCUCAAAUAAAAUUUGAAAAUUUUGUUUUUAAUCAAUUUUCAGACAAAUCUGAGUAUGGUAUUCUACCUGAAAUGAAAUUAUUCAACGUAUACUUAAAUACAGAAAAUAAGAAGUUUGAAAAUUGGAAUACCAUUGUCCAGAAUUUUGUGUAUAAGACUAAUACACCUUAUUAUGAGUUACUAGUGCCCACAGUAGAUAGCAUCCGGUAUACACAUGUUAUGCAAAAGAUAGUACAAAUGAACCAACCAGUGAUGUUAACUGGAACAACAGGUGUAGGUAAAACUUCGGUAGCAAAUUUAAUUAUGCAAGACUUGACAUCUACGGGCAAUUGGAUAUCUGAAACGAUCAAUUUUUCUACGUACACCAAUAGUAAAAGGACUCAAAAAGUUUUAGAAUCAAAAUUAGUGAAGAAAAAACGAAACCAAUUCGGUGCGCCAGUAAACAAACGUUUGGCGCUUUUCAUCGAUGACGUGAACAUGCCGAUACCCGAAGUUUACGGUGCUCAACCUCCUAUUGAAUUACUACGACAGCUUUUGGAUUUUGGUGGCAUAUAUGAUAGAGAUAAACUGGAUUGGAAUGAUGUAGAGAAUAUGAUUUUGUGUACAAUCUGCACACCUCCAGGAGGAGGACAUGUAUUGCCUCCAAGGUUUACAAGACAUUUUUCAAUAAUUUACAUGCCCAUUACUAGUGAAAAUUCUAUGAGAACCAUAUUCACAUCUAUUUUGGAUGGGUUUCUCGAAGAGUUUCCUUUAAAUAGAGCUAAUUCUAGUUCUGAAAUAGUGCAAGCCAGCAUCGAAAUAUAUUUGCGUAUUUCAAAAGACCUGUUACCAACUCCGGCAAAGCCGCACUAUGUAUUUAAUCUUCGAGAUUUGUCAAAAACCAUACAAGGAGUAUUGCAAGCUAAUUUCGUCACAAUACCGGAUCGAACAUGUUUAUACAGACUAUGGUAUCAUGAAACAUUGCGUGUAUAUCACGACCGUUUGAUUUGUCAAAAAGAUAGGUCAUAUAUCUUUAAUCUUCUUCAGGAUGUGUGCACUCGUUAUUUCAACACCUCCAUGUUAGAUAUUUCCAAAUAUGCAAACAACAAUCCAUCACAUCCUCCCGUGUUAUUUGGUGAUUUCAUGGACCCAGUUUCAAAAGAAAGCCGGGAUUACAAAGAAAUAAUAGACAUCGAUCAAUUAAAAACUACAUUGAUCAAAAAUUUAACAGAUUUCAAUAUGACUUAUAAUAAAGACAUGAACAUCAUAUUUUUCAUGGAUGCUAUUGAACAUAUCACACGUAUCGCGAGGAUAUUGAGAUCCGAAAGAGGAAAUGCUUUACUUGUCGGAGUUAAUCUUGUCGGCAAACAAUCGUUAACUAAAUUAUCUUCACACCUAAAUGCUUACAAGUGUUUUCAAAUUGAAAUAACGAAAUCAUACAAUCGUACUGAUUUUCGUGAAGAUCUACUAAAUCUUUAUCACAACACUGGUGUGAAAUUUGAAGAUACCACAUUUUUAUUCACAGACAAUCAGAUAGUUCAAGAAGAAUUUUUAGAAGAUAUAAGCAAUAUUUUAAAUUCAGGAGAAGUACCUGAUUUAUUUAAACACAACGAUUUGGACAAGAUGAUAACUGCUUGCCGGCCGGUAGCAUUAAAUUUGGGAAUUGAUGGAGCGAACCACAAAGAAAUGUUCAGGUUUUUCAUACAGCGCGUACGCUCUAAACUCCAUCUUGUCGUGUCCAUGAGCUCGAUCGGCGAUGCAUUUAGACAGAGAUGCCGGCUAUUUCCUUCAUUGAUUUAUAAUUCGACAAUAGAUUGGUUUGAUGAUUGGCCGACAGAAGUUCUCUUGUCUGUUGCCCAAAAAAGCUUAGAAGAAGCUUUUGAACAACAAGAUAAUCCUAAACUAGUUGACAGUUUAACAGAUAUCUGUUGCAACAUGCACUUAACGAUUAGUCAAGCCACUGAAAAGUUUCGCGAGAAAACGGCGAGGCACUACUACGUAACACUCAAGAGUUAUUUGGAAUUUCUGAAGUUAUAUGUAAAAAUGCAAAGAUCCCAAACCGAUAAGAUUAAAAGCGAUUCUGACCGGAUUUCAUAUGGUUUACGCAAGUUGUACGAGACAUUUGAUAUGGUGGGAGAUAUGAAAACAAAAUUAAAAUCAAUGGCACCGGCACUGUUAGAGAAAAAUGAAGCUACUUUAAAACUGAUGGAAGGCCUAACCAAAGAAAAGGCGAGCGUAGAUGAGGUCCGUAAAAUAGUUCUUAUUGAAGAGACAGCGGCGAAAAUGAAAGCUUCAGCAGCGCAGGAAAUAGCGGAAGACGCGCAAAGAGACCUUACUUUAGCCAUGCCGGCUAUGGAAGCAGCCAAGGCGGCUUUAGAAUCACUUAACAAAAACGAUAUAAACGAGCUUAGACUGUUGAGCAAGCCACAUAAACUCGUUCAAACUGUCAUGGAAGCUGUGUGUUUAUUAUUUGGAAAAAAAACUGAUUGGACUUCAGCUAAAACCUUACUAGGAGAUACCAAUUUUCUAAAAGUCCUGCAAGAAUACGACACAGACAGUAUAUCCGACAAAAUGAUCAAUCAACUUAAGCCUUAUAUCGAAGAUCCGGAUUUCAAUCCACAGAAAGUAGCUACUCAAUCAAAAGUUGCCAAAUCGAUGUGUAUGUGGGUUCGAGCCGUUCACAGUUACUCUUUAGUAUAUCGAAUAGUAGAACCCAAAAGAAAGAGACAACAAGAAGCCGAAGAAGAACUCAACGUCGUGUUGAAAGAACUAAGAACAAAACAAAAAAUGUUAGCUGAUGUAGAAGAACGUCUACAAAAACUCGAGGACAUUUAUGACCUGUGCGUUUCGGAAAAGAACAAAUUAGAAAUGAACAUAGAACAAACACAAUCGCGUUUAAGCCGGUCAGACUUACUAGUUGCGGCUCUAAGCGACGAACAACAAAGAUGGGAAAACAAUUUAAAAACAUACUCUCGCCGUUUGUUAACUAUAACUGGAGACACAAUAAUAGCGGCCGGAAGCAUCUCCUAUCUGGGACCAUUUACAGAUGAAUAUCGUAAGGAAAUAACCCUUUCAUGGUUACAGGAGUUAACACAACAUAACGUACGAUAUACGCCAAAUUAUUCCCUGAGCUAUAUAUUGGUCGAUCCUUCCGAGUUGCGAUCAUGGAGUGUCUACGGUCUACCCCAGGAUUCGGUUUCGACAGACAGCAUGAUAAUCGCGACAAGAGCAAGUCGGUGGCCGCUGAUGAUAGACCCUCAAGGACAGGCAAAUAAAUGGAUCAAGGGUUUCGAAGCAGACAAUUCACUGAGAAUAUGCAAGGUUACGGAUUCUAACGACAACUUAACGGACGCGAUUAUCGACGCAAUCAGACUGGGUGGCACAGUGUUGAUCGAAGGCCUUGACGAGCACAUAACCCCCGCACUCAAACCCGUGCUAGAGAACGUCACGUUUUUACGAGAUGGACAGUUUUUUAUGCGUAUCGGUAAUAUAGACGUAGAAUACGACAAUAAAUUCAGAUUCUAUAUGACAACCAAAAUUCCAAAUCCUCAUUAUCUACCAGAUGUAUGGAUACAAGUGACGAUAGUCAAUUUUAUGGUGACAGCAAAGGGCUUAGAAGAUCAAUUAUUAGUUCACGUCGUACGAUUAGAAAGGCCCGAUUUGGAAGAUAAACGGACUGAAAUAAAUUUGAGUACAAACAACGACAAUAAUUUAUUAAAAGAAAUGGAGAACAAAACGUUAAAAAUGCUAUACAUGUCUGAGGGAAAUAUUUUAGAUGAUGAAGAACUCAUCGAUGCACUCAACAAUAACAAAGAAUCAUCAAUUAUCGUUACUGGGCGUUUGACUGAUGCAGAAGAAAUGGAAAAAACUAUCAACAUAGCACGAGAACGUUAUCGAGCAAUAGCAAAACGAGGUUCAUGCCUUUAUUUUGUUGUGGCUCAACUGUCUAAAAUUAAUACAAUGUAUCAGUUUUCUUUAAACUAUUUUAAUUCUAUAUUUUGUAAUGCGAUAAAAAAGAGUAACAGAUCGCUUAAAAUCGACGUAAAAAUACCAACCAUGGUCGAAGAUAUUACCAUGGCUAUUUAUACGAAUAUUUCAAGAGGCCUAUUUGAACAUCAUAAAUUAAUAUUCAGUUUCUUACUUAGCGUCAACAUACAUUUACAAAUAGGCAAAAUCACUAAUGCAGAGUGGAAUUUUUUACUUUACGGACCUAUAGGUAUAACAGAAAUAGACGUGCCGAAAAAACCAAUGGUAUUGGCAUUGUCGGAAGACGCAUGGACAACUGUAAAUUACAUGUCUAAAGUAUUUCCUAAGUUUAAUAGUCUUCCAGAAAACUGCACCCAACGUAUACAAAUCAAACUUGGUAACUUCGUUCAGGAUAUUCAUUUAGAUCCUGCAAACAAUAACUCCGUGGUAAACUGGGAUUCAAUUUUGAACCCAUUUGAAAAACUUAUGGUCAUAAGAGCACUUAAAGAAGAAAAAUUGAUUUGCGCGAUUUCUAAUUUCGUUAGCACUGAACUCGGAAAAAUGUUUAUCGAAAGUCUGGAAGUUUCACAUCGUUUGUUGUACACUAACACAUCAUCGACAUUACCAUUAAUUUAUAUAAUCAGUGCAGGUUCGGAUCCAUUUGAGUCAUUCCAAAAGUUUUCAACAGAAUUUGAAACGAUAGACAAGUUACAUGCAAUAUCUCUUGGCCAAGAUCAAGGACUUAUUGCAGAAAAGUUAAUAAAGAGAGGCAAGGAAAAGGGCGAUUGGGUCUUUUUACAAAAUUGUCAUUUAGCACCAUCUUGGAUGCCUCAAAUGGAAAAUCUAGUUCAAGAACUGAUCGAUAAUCCAUUGGAUGUAAAUCAAAAUUUUCGACUGUUUUUGAGUUCAAUGCCAUCAGAAAUUUUUCCUACUUUUGUCCUACAAAAUUCUUUGAAAGUUGCCCACGAACCGCCAAAAGGCUUACGGGCGAAAAUGAAAAAAUCGUUCGCUGGCAUGAAUGUCGAUUUCUUUGAAGAUAAUGCUUUUGGAUCUGAUUGGAGAAAAAUGGUAUUCGGGCUAUGUUUUUUCCAUGCCAUCAUAUUAGAAAGAAAGAAAUUCGGAUCACUUGGAUGGAACGUACCAUACUUGUUUAGUGACAGUGACCACGAAUAUGGUAUGCAUUUAUUACAGACGUACUGCUUAACCGCUAAUGAAAUACCCUGGGAUGCCUUGCAAUACAUCAUGGUAGAGAUAAAUUAUGGUGGCAGAGUUAAUGAUUAUUGGGAUCAAAAAACCAUGAAGACAAUAUUUUUAAAUUUCUUUGAUCCUCGUACACUCGAGCCGAAUUAUAAAUACUCGGAUUCUGGUAUUUAUUUUUGUCCGGAAACAGAAAACUGCACCACAAUCAAUAACUAUCAGGCAUUUAUUAAUAAACUACCAAUAAUUGAAGAUCUAGACAUAUUUGGAAUGCACAAAAAUGCGAACAUAGCGUACCAAACUAGAGAAACACAAGAGAUGUUACAAACAAUCGUUGGUGCGUACUCAAAAUCACUAACAGGUGUUGCUAGUAAACCAGAUGACGAAAUCGUUAUAGAUGUCGCCGUCGAUAUUUCAAAAAGACUUAUUAACUCCAUAGACUUUCAACAAGCCCAUUUAACACUAUUAAAAUCUGACGAAAAGGGACGAUUGUCUCCAUUAUCUACAGUCUUAUUACAAGAGAUUGGACGUUUUAAUACAUUACUCGACGUCAUGCACAAUUCUUUAACUAACCUACGCGAGGCAAUCAAAGGACAUCAAAUCAUGUCUACAGGAUUAGAAGAAGUUUACCGGUCAUUUAUGAAAAAUACUGUGCCGACAAUGUGGCAGAACAGAUCGUAUCCCUCGUUGAAGACUUUGGGUAGUUGGAUCAAAGACUUAAUACUAAGACUGGAUUUUAUUAACAUCUGGACAAAGUUUGGAAGUCCUCCUUCUUACUGGAUAUCCGGUUUAUAUUUUCCACAAGGUUUUAUUACCGGGUGUCUUCAAAGACAUGCCCGGAAAAACAGCAUACCCGUCUAUAGCUUAAAAAUCGAUUUUGAGGUUACCAACAUUGUUCUGAUACAAGAGGAAAUUUCCGCCGUGCAUGCAACCAGCUUGGAAGAAGAAACUCGCGUUUACAAAGGCUUGACAGAACGAGAAGAUGGGAUUUACGUCCACGGAUUGUUCCUAGAUACUGGACGUAUUGACUUGGAUAGCAAACGUCUCGUGGACCCCAUCCCGGGUGACCUGUAUUCUCCGUUACCGGUUAUACUACUAAUGCCCUCCAUAGAUAUAGAUACAAAUAGUUUGCGAUAUAAUUGUCCUGUGUAUAUAACCACCGCUCGAGCAGGUGUUUCUUUGACCACUGGACAUGGCGCAAAUUUUCUGAUUGGCAUAUUAUUACCGACAGACUUUCCGGAAAACUAUUGGACCCUUAAGGGAACUGCUCUAAUUGCUCAAAUAACAAAUUAAUUCCUCAAAUUUAUGCAUUUUAUAUUAUAUUUGAUGUUCAUGAACGAUAAACAGUUAGUGGAGCAUAUUGUUUUGUAUUCACAUAAUCAUCUUAUUGAUCCUUUAAUGGUUAAGUCAAUACUUUAAUGACCCGAUAUUAAAAACAAUAUUAAUUAUAUAGUGAUGGCGCUUAAAUG